CUAAAUACUUCUUAUAUUAUACCUUCUUCAUCAUGCAGUCUACUACCUGGAUUCCUCGUCGCUUCUUCGCACUCAACGCUAUAAAACGCGAUACCCAGGGCUCCUCCACGAGCAACUACUAUAACGAUAUCUCCAGCGCCAGAACCGAGAAUAGACGCGACGAAGAUACCAAAACUCCUCCCAAAAAGAAGCUUCGCGUUGUCACGAAUUUGCAGCACGCGCAGGACGCGAUUAACCAGCAUGAGGGGCAGCGGGAUGCUGUUGCAUCCCCACGAUCUGGAGGAGAUUACCCAUUCAGCCCUGCUGGUAUUCCUGUAACGUCCCCCGUCCGCCCUGGCUUCCCUUCCUAUCCAUCCGUCUCCGGCCCCUUUCGACUCGUGGCGAAGCUUCAGGCAGGGUGUUGUGGGGAGGCAAUCGCAGCGGAGGAUUUGUU